AUGCCUACCAUCCUCGAGCGACCGGAUCGAGGAGGAGGAGGAGGAGGAGCCGAAGAGAUCGAGAGAGACCGCAAGAGAAAGAAGGCAGAGGCGCGCAAGGAGAUGAUCUCGUACGUCUACAGGUUCCUCUCCAAGAGCGAGAAGGAGGACCUCGUCGUUGGCACUAUCGUCAGCCUCCCCUCGAUCUGCUGGGUUCCCCCGGGCAAGUUCGUCGACCCGAGGUUCCCCAAGGAGCUGUACGAUGGCCGCAAUAUCCUGUUGAUGGUUACGCAUAUUGGGGAGGAUUUUGGGAGGGUGGCUUGGGUCAAUGUUGUCAUUGUUCACUUCUUCCCAGACGUCAACCACAAGCAUGAGCGAUUCCCACAUGACGGAGGAUUUCGUUCGAUCUACUUCCACACACGGCUUGAUCAGCUGCCUUCGCAGGAUUGGAAUCUGUCUGAAUUCAGUUCACCAGACCGAUCCCUGUUUAGGUUCAUUGCCGGCGUCAUCAACUACACCAUGGAUGUGAAUGUCUUGCAAAUCAGAUCUUUGGUCGAGAAGCGAAUUUAUCAGCCAGAUAUGAGCGAGCCUCACGUUCUCAUGGAAUCAAUUGGCGAGGACUGGACCGAAUUCCCAAAUUGGCGUCAGAUGAUGGUGGAGGCGGAGCAGGAAUUCAAAACAAUGAGAGUUCAGCGUCUCUCGAAACCAGCACCCAGAUCAAGUUCAAGCCACGACGCUUGGGGAGAUGAGCUUGACGGAAAUAAAGAUUGGGGUCGCUCAUCUACUACUGUGAAGGUUAAGAAAUUGGAUGAGGAUAAGGUCAAAGAACCAUGCCAGGAAGAGCUCAAGUUCCCCGACAGCGGCAACAAGGGCCUUGGUCUCGACAAUACUGGUGCUGAGACGAACCUCGCUUCUUCGUUGUUCGUUCCCUCUGCUCCUGAUGGCGGAGAGAGCCCUGAUUACAACCCAGAUGCGGACUCCAACUACGAUGCGGACUCCAACUACGAUGAGGACUCCAACUACGAUGCGGACUCGGAGUGGAUAGAAUGA